UUUCAAACAGAGCGAGUUCCACUGACAGCUGCCUCUGGAAGGAACUGGAAUCAAUCUGAAGCUCCCGGGACUGAAAGACAGACCUCUAGAGACUACAGAGACUGGGCAGACCCCAAAUGUGGCAGCUUUUAGCAGCAGCAAGCUGGAUGCUUCUCCUUGGAUCUAUAUUUGGUUGUCACAGGAAAGGAAGCAUCACAAAUCCUGAAGCUAAUAUGAAUAUUAGCCAGAUUAUUUCCUACUGGGGUUAUCCUUGUGAGGAAUAUGAUGUUGUGACAAAAGAUGAUUAUGUCCUCGGAAUUUAUAGGAUUCCUCAUGGAAGAGGAUAUCCAAGGAGAACAGCUCCAAAGCCUGUUGUGUAUUUGCAACACGGCUUAAUUGCAUCUGCUAGUAACUGGAUUUCCAACCUGCCGAACAACAGCUUAGCUUUCCUCCUGGCAGAUAACGGUUAUGAUGUGUGGAUGGGGAACAGCCGGGGAAAUACUUGGUCCAGAAAACACUUGAAAUUUUCACCCAAAUCACCAGAAUUCUGGGCCUUCAGUUUGGAUGAGAUGGCUAAAUAUGACCUUCCAGCCACAAUCAAUUUUAUUGUAGAGAAAACUGGACAGGAGCAACUCUACUAUGUGGGCCACUCUCAAGGCACCACCAUUGCUUUCAUAGCAUUCUCUACAAAUCCAGAGCUGGCUAAGAAAAUUAAGAUAUUUUUUGCAUUGGCUCCAGUCAUCACAGUGAAAUAUACCCAAAGUCCUAUGAAAAAAUUAGCAACUCUUUCCAGAAAGGCAGUCAAGGUGUUAUUUGGUGACAAGAUGUUCUAUUCUCAGACAUUUUUUGACCACUUCAUUGCCACCAAGGUGUGCAACCGGAAGCUAUUUCAUCAUAUUUGCAGCAACUUCCUAUUUACUUUGAGUGGAUUUGAUUGGAAAAACUUAAACAUGAGUCGCUUGGAUGUUUAUUUGGCACAGAGCCCUGCGGGAACGUCUGUUCAGAAUAUGCUGCACUGGGCCCAGGCUGUUAAUUCUGGUCAGUUCCAAGCGUUUGAUUGGGGAAACCAUGAUCAGAACAUAAUGCAUUUCCACCAGCUUACACCUCCCUUAUACAAUGUUACUAAGAUGGAAGUUCCAACAGCGGUGUGGAGUGGUGGACAGGACCUUGUGGCUGAUCCCAAGGAUGUUGAGAAUUUACUCCCUAAAAUUACCAAGCUUAUUUAUUACAAGUUGAUUCCUCACUACAACCAUUUGGAUUUCUACCUUGGACAGGAUGCGCCCCAGGAAAUUUACCAAGACCUAAUUAGAUUGAUGGAGGAAUGUCUGCAAAAUUAAAUGUACUUUCCUUUCUCUAAGCAAGCAGAUUUUCAUGAUAAUAACGUGGGGUAUAGAACUGAAGGUGACCCUCUAAUCAUUUUCACCUCCUAGUGUCCAAACAUUUGUGCAAUCCUCUCACCUUGAAUAUCGGAGGGACCUGAGAUGUGCUUCUAGCUAACAGAAUUGGCAAAGGUGAUGGGAUAUCACUUCCUGAUUAGAUUCUAUUAUAUAAGAAUCCAUCUUAGCAGUCUGCAACAAGAGAUUCUCCUUGUUGUCUUGAUGAAGUAAACAGAUAUGUUAAGGAAGCCCACCUGGGAAGGAACUGUGUGUGACUUUUAGGAUCUGCAGAUGGCUUGUAGCUGACAACCUGCAAAAAACCAGGGCUCCGUCAUACAAGGAAAUGAAUUCUGCCUAAAACCUGAAUGAGCUUGGAAUCCCAUUCUUCCCUGGUACAGCCUCCAGAGGAGAAAGCAUCUUGGCCAACACCUGGAUUGCAGCCUGGUGAGACCCUGAGCAAAGGAUCUAGCUAUGGCAUGCCCAGACUACUGACCCACAGAAACAAUGAGAUAAUAAAAUAUAUAUUGUUUUAAA